AUGGACAUGCCAUCUUCGACAGCCGGCCCAAUGUCCAUGGGCUCAUCCAACACGACGAUGACCAUGGAGUCCAUGGCCAUGGUGUUCUUCACCUCCACAAACACGCCUCUUUGGUCCUCGGCUUUCGCACCCAACACGAGCGGGCAGUACGCCGGCGCAUGCAUCUUCCUGAUAGCUUUCGCUGUGGUGUUUCGCAUCUUGCUGGCAUUGCGGUUCAACCUGUACAAGGUCAUGGCCGCGGCCAAGCAAAGGCGUGGUGGCAGUCUGCUGCCGCCGGACGUGGCCGAAACCAAAUCGACACCCCGACCUUGGAGAGCCAACGAGGCUGUCAUAUCGGGCGCGCUUGACACGGUGAUUGCGGGAUAUGCUCGCAGUCAUGACGAUGAAUGUUGGGUAUUUCCUGUCGAUACUUGGUGGUAUUUUCGUGGGCAGCAUGCUCUGUAG